AUGGAGAAGAUUGAGGAACUGUUUGCUAAUCUACACAUUGUUAAACGUUCUUCAGAAAAGAAAGAGCCCACUUAUCUGCUUGGAAUAGACACAUCAAAGACUGUACAAGCGGAUAAAGGAGGCUUGGCUGCUGUCUUAUGUUCUAAUGGAUCAAUCAGAAUAUAUGAUAAAGAAAGGUUAAACAUCUUACGCGAAUUUACCGAACAUCCUGGAGUUCUUAAUGGAGUGCGGUUUGCAAAUUCUUGUGACAGUGUAUAUUCUGCAGGUGCUGAUGGCACUGUAAAAUGUUGGGAUGCUCGAUUAGCCAGUAAUAAGCCUGUCCAGCUGUUCAAGGGUUACCCUUCUAAUGUUUUCAUCAGUUUUGAUAUCAAUUGUGAUGAUCAUGUCCUUUGUGCUGGCACAGAAAAAGUUGAUGAUGAUGCGUUGUUGGUAUUUUGGGAUGCAAGAAUGAAUUCUCAGGAUUUGUCUACCAGAGACCCACUGGGAACAUAUUCAGAGACACACAGUGAUGAUAUCACUCAAGUGUGUUUCCAUCCCAGCAACCGUAACAUGGUUGUGUCUGGUUCAACUGAUGGCCUUGUCAACGUAUUUGACAUUAGUUUUGAUAACGAAGAUGAUGCGCUGGUUACAACGUGCAAUUCUGCUUCAUCAGUUAGCUAUCUUGGUUGGUCUGGGAAAGAUUAUAAACAAAUUUACUGCAUGACGCAUGAUGAAGGAUUUUGUUGGUGGGAUCUUAAUCAUCUAGAUUCCGAUGAAUCAAUGACACGCUUGAACAUCCAGGAUGUCAGAGAAGUAAUUAAUGUGAAAGAAAAUAUUUUGGACUAUUUGAUUGGUGGGCUAUAUCAUGAAAAGUUGGACAAACUAUUUGUGGUUGGAGGAACAAACUCCGGAAAGAUUCACUUACUGAGCUGUACGGCUUCAGGAUUGAGCCAUGUGAUGAGCCUGCAGGGUGGGCAUGCUGCUACAGUCCGUUCUUUCUGUUGGAAUGCACAGGAGGAGUCUUUGCUAACUGGGGGAGAAGAUGCCCAGUUGCUUCUUUGGAAACCUGGAGCCAUAGAGAAGACCUUUACUAAGAAAGACAGCUUGAAAAUGGAGUCCUCAGUGCAUCAGCGUGUGCGAGUUCACAGUAAUGAUUCCUACAAGAAAAGAAAAAAGCAGUGA